CAUCCCCUCGACGAGAUUUCUUUUCUUCUCUUUCUAUGUUCCUCCUCCUGCGCUGAAGCAGCAGAAAGACCCCUUAUCCCUCCCGCUCUCUCAUCUUUCUCAAAGGAGUCUUGGAGGCUGCUGAUGCUACGAUAGAGUGAAUAUCCUUGCCAUACUGUCCCCGAGAGGACCUUUUCCCUCCACAUCCAUCCCCACACAGUUUCCCCAAAUGCCACACACCGCCGGUCACGAGGAGGUAGCACUCCCUACGAGUCCCUUGUCUGGAGGAGCUGUUUCCUAUAACAAGAUCACUAAGGAAUUGCAACCACUCCCCUCAAUGGAUGCCAACAGUGGCGCCGUGAUCCCCCCAGCCUCGUCUCGAGUGCGAGGCAGCAGCGGGAAGCUGUUCGCCCUCGAGCUCGAGGAUGGCACAGUCUACCAGGGUUACAGCUUUGGUGCUGAGAAGAGCGUGGCAGGAGAGUUGGUUUUCCAGACUGGCAUGGUAGGAUACCCGGAGUCGGUGACUGACCCCUCCUACCGCGGCCAGAUUCUGGUCGUCACUUUCCCCCUGGUGGGCAACUAUGGUGUCCCCUCUCGGGAGACCAUGGACGAGUUGUUGAAGACAUUACCGAAAUACUUCGAAUCUACCGAGAUUCAUAUUGCCGCACUCGUCGUUGCCACAUACGCCGGAGAGGACUACUCGCAUUUCCUUGCCGAGUCCUCCCUGGGACAAUGGCUGAAGGAACAAGGCGUCCCUGCUAUGCACGGUGUCGACACCCGUGCCCUGACAAAGCGUAUCCGUCAGAAGGGGAGCAUGCUUGGCCGCAUGUUGCUCCAGAAGUCCGAUGAGACAUUGGAGGAAGCUCCAGUAGACAAGGACAGCUGGAGGUCGUACUUCGAGCAGACCGAGUGGAUUGACCCAAAUAAGAAGAACCUUGUGAGCGAGGUCUCUAUCCGGGAACCACGCCUUUUCUCCCCUCCUGAGAAUGUUGCCCUUAAACAUCCUUCGGGUCGUCCAGUCCGCGUUCUGUGCUUGGAUGUAGGCCUGAAAUUCAACCAGCUGCGCUGCCUGCUUGCUCGUGGCGUUGAAGUCCUGGUCGUUCCUUGGGAUUAUGAUUUCCCUACUCUUGCUGGCAAGGAUUAUGAUGGUCUGUUUGUUUCCAACGGCCCUGGUGACCCAGCAACACUGGCCACUACCGUCAACAACCUAUCCAAGACUAUCAAGGAGGCGCGGACUCCCGUUUUCGGAAUCUGUUUGGGUCAUCAAUUGAUCGCCCGCUCUGUCGGUGCCCAGACCUUGAAGAUGAAGUUCGGUAACCGUGGCCACAAUAUCCCUUGCACUAGUAUGGUGUCCGGAAAGUGUCACAUCACUUCUCAGAACCAUGGUUAUGCCGUUGAUUCCGCGAGCCUUCCCGAACACUGGGAAGAGUUAUUUGUGAAUGCCAAUGAUGGCAGUAACGAGGGUAUCAGACACACUAGCCGUCCCUUCUUCAGUGUUCAAUUCCACCCGGAGAGCACUCCCGGUCCCAGAGAUACCGAGUACUUGUUCGAUGUGUUCAUCAACAGCGUCAAGGAGACCCUGGUUUCCCCAGAAGCCAUCAACAAGCCUGUGUCUUUCCCCGGUGGCACCAUUGAAGAGAACAUCAAGGCUUCUCCUCGUGUCUCAGUCAAGAAGGUCCUGAUUUUGGGAAGUGGUGGUCUUAGCAUUGGCCAAGCUGGAGAAUUCGACUACUCUGGAAGUCAGGCUAUCAAGGCUUUGAAGGAAGAAGGAAUUUACACUAUCUUGAUCAACCCUAACAUUGCCACCAUUCAGACCUCCAAGGGCUUGGCGGACAAGGUGUACUUCCUUCCAGUGAACGCAGACUUCGUGCGAAAGGUGAUCAAGCACGAGCGGCCCGAUGCUAUCUACGUGACAUUCGGUGGCCAGACCGCAUUGCAGGUCGGUAUCCAGCUCAAGGAUGAGUUUGAGUCCCUAGGUGUCAAGGUUCUCGGUACCCCAAUUGACACCAUCAUCACCACUGAGGAUCGUGAACUCUUCGCACGUAGCAUGGAUUCCAUCAACGAGAAGUGUGCCAAGUCUGCCUCGGCUUCGAACCUCGAGGAGGCUCUUGGCGUUGUAGAGAACAUUGGAUUCCCUGUCAUUGUCCGUGCGGCUUAUGCUCUCGGAGGUCUGGGCAGUGGUUUCGCUGAUAAUAUGGAUGAACUGAAGGAACUUUGCACAAAGGCUUUUGCCGCCAGUCCCCAGGUCUUGAUUGAGAGGAGUAUGAAGGGUUGGAAGGAAAUUGAGUACGAGGUGGUUCGUGAUGCCAGAGACAACUGUAUCACCGUCUGUAAUAUGGAAAAUUUCGACCCUCUUGGUAUCCAUACUGGUGAUUCCAUUGUCGUUGCCCCGUCGCAGACCCUUUCCGAUGAAGACUACAACAUGCUGCGUACCACCGCUGUUAACGUUAUCCGUCAUCUUGGCGUUGUUGGAGAGUGUAAUAUCCAAUAUGCUCUGAACCCGUUCUCGAAGGAGUACUGUAUCAUUGAGGUGAAUGCUCGUCUGUCAAGAUCUUCCGCUCUCGCCUCAAAGGCUACCGGUUAUCCUCUUGCCUUUAUUGCAGCCAAGCUUGGUUUGGGUAUUCCUCUGAACGAAAUUAAGAACUCUGUCACCAAGGUCACCUGCGCUUGUUUCGAGCCUUCUCUGGACUACUGUGUGGUCAAGAUCCCCCGCUGGGAUCUCAAGAAGUUCACUCGUGUCUCUACCCAGCUUGGCUCUUCCAUGAAGAGUGUUGGAGAGGUUAUGAGCAUCGGAAGAACCUUCGAGGAAGCAAUUCAGAAAGCCAUUCGCUCCGUCGAUUUCCAUAACCUCGGUUUCAACGAAACUAGCGCCCUUAUGUCCAUCAAGGGUGAAUUGCAAACUCCUUCUGACCAGCGCCUGUUCGCCAUCGCCAACGCCAUGGCCGCUGGCUACAGCGUCGAUGACAUCUGGAAAUUGACUCAGAUUGACAAGUGGUUUCUCAGCAGGCUCAAGGGCCUUAGUGACUUUAGCAAGCUUAUGACUACCUAUAACGCUACCUCUGUUCCCAGGCCUCUUAUCCGACAGGCAAAGCAGCUGGGUUUCUCCGAUCGUCAACUUGCUAAGUUCCUUAGCUCCAACGAGCUCGCCAUCCGUCGCAUGCGUGUUGAGGCUGGCAUAAUUCCCAUUGUCAAGCAGAUUGAUACCGUUGCUGCUGAGUUCCCCUCAGUUACUAACUAUCUGUAUCUCACUUACAAUGCCUCUGAGCACGAUGUUGCCUUCGAUGACAAGGGUAUCAUGGUCCUGGGAUCUGGUGUCUACAGAAUUGGUUCGUCUGUUGAGUUCGAUUGGUGCUCUGUCCGCACUAUCCGUACUCUCCGCGAACAGGGCCAUAAGACUGUCAUGGUCAACUAUAACCCGGAAACCGUCAGUACGGACUACGAUGAGGCCGAUCGGUUGUACUUCGAGAACAUCAAUCUGGAGACUGUUUUGGAUAUCUACCAGCUCGAAUCUUCUAGCGGUGUCAUCAUCUCCAUGGGUGGUCAGACUCCGAACAAUAUUGCCCUGCCUCUGCACCGUCUUAAUGUUCGCAUCUUGGGAACCUCUCCUGAGAUGAUUGAUGGAGCUGAGAACAGAUACAAGUUCUCGCGCAUGCUUGAUCGUAUCGGUGUGGAUCAGCCUUCCUGGAAAGAGCUCACUAGCAUCGAGGAAGCGACCACCUUCUGUGACAAGGUUGGCUAUCCAGUGCUUGUCCGGCCCUCUUAUGUGCUUUCGGGAGCUGCCAUGAACACUGUCUACUCUGAGCACGAUCUUGCCAGCUAUCUCAACCAAGCCGCUGAGGUUUCCCGUGACCAUCCUGUUGUCAUCACCAAGUAUAUUGAGAAUGCUAAGGAAAUCGAAAUGGAUGCCGUGGCGCUUAAUGGUACCAUGGUUGGGCAUUUCAUCUCCGAGCACGUCGAGAACGCUGGUGUCCACUCUGGUGAUGCUACGUUGAUCUUGCCCCCGCAGGAUCUAGACCCAGAGACAGUCCGACGCAUCGAGGAAGCCACCAGGAAGAUCGGUAAUGCCCUUAAUGUCACCGGUCCUUACAACAUCCAAUUCAUUGCAAAGGAUAAUGACAUUAAGGUCAUUGAAUGUAACGUCAGAGCAUCCCGUUCCUUCCCAUUCGUUUCGAAGGUCAUGGGUGUUGAUCUGAUCGAGAUGGCCACCAAAGCUAUGAUCGGUGUUCCAUUCGCCGAGUAUCCUCCAGUGAGCGUUCCCAAGGAUUACGUUGGCGUGAAGGUUCCUCAAUUCUCCUUCUCUCGGCUUUCUGGAGCGGACCCUGUCCUGGGUGUUGAGAUGGCCUCCACCGGUGAAGUUGCUUCUUUCGGUCGUGACAAGUACGAAGCUUAUCUCAAGGCACUUCUCUCCACCGGCUUCCGUCUCCCGAAGCGCAACGUGCUGUUCUCCAUCGGUUCUUACAAGGAGAAGCUUGAGAUGUUACCGUCAAUCCGUAAGCUUCAUCAGAUUGGGUUCAACCUCUUUGCCACCGCUGGUACCGCAGACUUCCUGAAGGAGAACGGCGUCCCAGUCAAGUACCUCGAGAUCCUUCCAGGCCAGGAGGAGGACAUCAAGUCCGAAUACUCGCUCACCCAACACUUGGCAAACAACCUUAUCGACCUUUACAUUAACUUGCCGUCUAGCAACCGAUUCCGGCGUCCCGCCAACUACAUGAGUAAGGGUUAUCGCACCCGUCGAAUGGCUGUUGACUACCAGACCCCCUUGGUCACCAACGUUAAGAAUGCUAAGAUCUUGAUCGAAGCGAUUGCUCGCCACUACGACCUGCAUGUGCAGACCAUUGAUUACCAGACUAGCCACCGCACUGUCACCCUUCCUGGCUUGAUCAACAUUGCCGCCUUUGUGCCCGGCCUUAUGACCCCUGGCUCCGAGGACUUCGAGCUCGUGACAAAGGCUUCUAUGGCCGCUGGCUUCAGUAUGGUACGCAUCAUGCCUGUGGGUGUCGAUGCUUCGGUCACCGAUGCUCGCGCAUUGAAGGUUGCCCAGCAGAAUGCUCAGGAUGCUUCCUUCUGCGAUUUCAACUUCUCCAUUGUGGCAACUUCGACCAACUCCGACCAAAUUGGUCAGGUGACUGGAGACGUGGGUUCUUUGUUCAUUCCUUUCAACCAUCUUUCUGGCAAUAUCAGUAAGGUCGCAGCUGUCACUAGUCACUUCAGCGCUUGGCCAUCCAGCAAGCCAAUUAUCACUGAUGCUAAGUCUACUGAUCUGGCCUCUGUCCUCUUGUUGGCAAGCCUCCACAGCCGCAAUAUCCACGUUAUGAGUGUGACUUCCAAGGAGGACAUCAACCUCAUUGCGCUCAGCAAGGAGAAGGGACUUAAGGUGACUUGCGACGUUUCUGUCUUCUGUCUCUUCCUCUCUCGUGAAGAUUUCCCUGAAUGCAGCUUCUUGCCUUCCGCUGAAGACCAGAAGGCCCUCUGGGAACACCUCAGCACAAUUGAUGUCUUCUCCAUUGGUAGCAUUCCGUUCCAGCUUGCUGGUGAGAAGGCUUCUCCAGUGGUCGGUAUCGCCGAAACCCUACCAUUGCUCUUCACUGCGGUAUCAGAGGGUCGUUUGACCGUCCAAGACGUCAUUACCCGCCUGUACGAGAACCCCAAGAAGAUUUUCGAGCUGCACGAUCAGGUCGACUGUUCGGUGGAGGUCGAAAUCGACCGUCCGUAUCUGUUCCAGAGCGCCCACGCUUGGUCUCCUAUCAGCGGCAAGAACGUGAGAGGAUCUGUCCAGCGGGUUAUCUUCCAAGGCAAGACGUCCUGCCUCGACGGCGAGAUCACAUCAGAUGCUCCAAAGGGAACGGAUAUGUCUAGCCACCGCAUCGUUCCUGCAUCUCCUUCUGUCAAGGCUAUGUCUCCCCUGGUUCAAGCACGGCCGGAGCCUCUCGAUGGGCGGCUUUCGGUUGCGGGCACUCCUGCUCGCCCAUCACGCCGGGCUUUAGAUCACGCCCCAGCUGUUGGUGAACUUGGACCCCCCCUCUACUCCACCGUUCCACAGGCCUCGUCUCCUCUGCUUGAGAUGUUGUCGCGGUCGACCUUCAGAAUGAAACAUGUCCUCUCUGUCGGCCAAUUCAAUCGUGCCGACUUACACUUGCUCUUCACUGUGGCCCAGGAAAUGCGUCUUGGAGUUCAGCGUCAGGGCGUUCUUGACGUUCUGAAGGGCCGUGUCCUGUGCACUCUCUUCUAUGAACCUUCCACGAGAACUUCGGCUUCCUUCGAUGCUGCUAUGCAACGCCUUGGAGGACGCACCAUUGCCAUCUCGACGGAGCAUUCGUCUACGAAGAAGGGUGAGACUCUGCAAGAUACUCUCCGCACCCUCGGCUGCUACGGAGACGCUGUCGUCUUGCGCCACCCUGAUCCCACCAGCACUGAAGUCGCUGCCAAGUUCUCUCCUGUUCCUGUCAUUAACGGUGGAAAUGGAAGUGUGGAGCAUCCCACCCAGGCUUUCCUUGAUCUUUUCACUAUUCGUGAAGAGCUGGGUACCGUCACUGGCUUGACCAUCACCUUCACCGGUGACCUGAGGUAUGGACGCACUGUCCAUUCUCUCAUUAAGUUACUCCAGUUCUAUGAUGUGCGGGUGCAGCUCGUCGCUCCCAAGGAUCUGUCCUUGCCGGAAGAGGUCCGUCAGCAAAUUAUUGCAUCCGGCCAGCUGAUCGUGGAGUCUGAAGAGCUGACUCCGGAGAUUGUCGCCCACUCCGACGUUCUGUACUCCACGCGCGUGCAGAAGGAACGCUUCGCCGACUUGGAGCAGUACGAGCGCCUCAAGAACAGCUUCGUCAUUGACAAUGCUCUGCUCAAGCACGCGAAGAGCCACAUGGUUGUGAUGCACCCGUUGCCUAGGAAUGCAGAGAUUGCGGAGGAAGUUGACUUCGACCAGCGGGCGGCCUAUUUCAGACAGAUGAGAUAUGGCCUCUACUGUCGCAUGGCUUUGCUUGCAUUGAUUAUGGCGCCUUAGGUCAUCUACUAUUUUAAGAAGAGGGAACCGUACGAACUCCAUGGUAUUCUUGUCAUGGAUAGCGACCUCGAUUAUUCUUUGGCUUGCGUUUUGUUUCUUUUUCCAGCGUUCGAUUGUGUCACCAAAAGUUAUGCCUUGUCAUUACAGAAUACCGCGUAGGCUUUUUAGAAAACGCCCGCAUAGAUUAGAUGAAUUCCCUUCCAUAAUCAUGACGAUUCCGUUAUGUGUUAUGUAUGAUGUAUUAUGUAUUAUGUGUGUGCUUUGUGAUGUUUACGUGGGGUGUGUGUGUUAUGUGUGUUUUGUGUGUUUUGU